UGAGAAACCAACAGGAAGCAAGCGCGCUCCACCUGAAAACGCGGUGGCGGCACCUGGACGCUCCCGGGCGCAGGCGCACAGACCCCGGGCCACGCCCCAUACUCUGUCAGAGCCGGCCAAUGGGAGGCGACGGCCAGAAGAGCUCGCGACUUUAGACGGUCCCUCCACCUCCCUCGGCCCGAAACGUGUGAUGUCAUCAAAGCGCGCCGGAAAAUGCGUCAUGCCCGCGCGCCGCUAGAGCUGAGGGAAGGAAGUUGGCCUGGGGGCCGCCUGGGCUGUGUCUGCAAGGACGCGGGCAGCUGCGGUAGCUGCUUUGACCUGUUGAGGGCGGCGCGAUGGGAGACGAAAUGGAUGCCGUGAUCCCCGAGCGGGAGAUGAAGGAUUUUCAGUUUAGAGCCCUGAAGAAGGUGAGAAUCUUUGACUCCCCCGAGGAGUUGCCCAAGGAACGCUCGAAUCUGCUUGCCGUGUCCAACAAGUAUGGCCUGGUCUUCGCUGGUGGAGCCAGUGGGUUGCAGAUUUUUCCUACUAAAAAUCUUCUUAUUCAGAAUAAACCUGGAGAUGAUCCCAAUAAGAUAGUUGAUAAAGUUCAAAGCUUGCUAGUUCCUAUGAAAUUCCCGAUACAUCACCUGGCCCUGAGCUGUGAUAACCUCACACUUUCCGUGUGCAUGAUGUCCAGUGAAUAUGGUUCCAUUAUUGCUUUUUUUGAUGUUCGCACUUUCUCAAAUGAGGCCAAACAGCAGAAACGCCCGUUUGCGUAUCAUAAGCUCCUGAAAGAUGCAGGAGGCAUGGUGAUCGAUAUGAAGUGGAACCCUACUGUUUCCUCCAUGGUGGCAGUUUGCCUGGCUGAUGGCAGCAUUGCUGUCCUACAGAUCACAGAGACAGUGAAAGUGUGUGCGACUCUUCCUUCCACAGUAGGAGUAACAUCUGUCUGCUGGAGCCCCAAAGGAAAGCAGCUGGCAGUGGGGAAACAGAAUGGAACUGUGGUCCAGUAUCUUCCUACUUUGCAGGAAAAAAAAGUCAUUCCUUGUCCUCCAUUUUAUGAGGCAGAUCAUCCUGUCAGAGUUCUGGAUGUGCUGUGGAUUGGUACAUAUGAAUUCACAAUAGUAUAUGCUGCUGCAGACGGGACCUUGGAAACUGCUCCAGAUGUGGUGAUGGCUCUGCUCCCGAAAAAAGAAGAAAAGCACCCAGAAGUGUUUGUGAACUUUAUGGAGCCCUGCUACGGCAGCUGUACAGAGAGGCAGCAUCAUUACUACCUCAGCUACAUUGAAGAAUGGGAUUUAGUGCUGGCAGCAUCUGCAGCUUCAACAGAAGUUAGUAUCCUCGCUCGACAAAGCAGCCAGGUUAAUCUCCAUUCCAUCAAUUGCUCAAGCAAAAAUUAUGGUGUCACCUCUGACUCUCUUUCUCUCACAUCUCACAUCUAUCAAAAGAGUAAUUGGGAAUCUUGGCUGCUGGAGGAUUCUAGCCGAGCUGAACUGCCUGUGACAGACAAGAGUGAUGAUUCCUUGCCCAUGGGAGUUGCCAUAGAUUACACCAACCAAGUGGAAAUCACCAUCAAUGAUGAGAAGACUCUUCCUCCUGCUCCAGUUCUUAUGUUACUUUCAACAGAUGGUGUGCUUUGUCCAUUUUACAUGAUCAAUCAAAAUCCUGGUGUUAGGUCCCUCCUCAGGACACCAGAGCGGCUCUCAUUGGAAGGAGAGCGACAACCCAAGUCAUCAGGAAGUACUCCUACUACUCCCACCUCCUCUCAGGCCCCGCAGAAGCUCGAUGCGGCAGCAGCCGUAGCUCCUGCCUCCGUUCUGCCUUCAUCACCGGCUGCUCCCACCUCCACCUUCUCUUUGCCUUCCGCCGUGGGAGCCCCUGCUGUGUUCUCCUUUGGUUCUUCAUCCUUGAAGUCAUCUGGUUCUGUCACUGGGGAGGCCCCUCCGUGUUCCAGUGCCUCUGACAAUUCCAAAGCAGCCUUGGGCCCUGGAGCAUCCUCCUUCUCUUUUGUUCCUCCUCCUCAAGCCUCCCUCGUGCUCACCCCUGCGGCCUCUCCCAUGGCACCCUCGGCUGCCUCAUUCUCCUUUGGAUUGUCGGGUUUUAAGCCUACCCUGGAAAGCACACCAGUGCCAAGCGUGUCUGCUCCAAACACAGGAAUGAAGCCCACCUUCCCACCAUCAGCCUCUGCAGUCAAGGUCAACCUUAGCGAAAAGUUCACGGCCGCGGCCACCUCUGCUCCUGUUCACAACUCACAGAGCUCACCCUCAAUGCUGCCAUUCUCCUCGGUCUCCAAGCCAGCAUCCUCUGGACCUCUCAGCCACCCUGCACCUCUCUCGGCAUCAUCCAGUUCCUUGUCAUCCAAGUCCUCAGUCUCUUCCUCAGUAUCGGCAGGGCGGUCUGCUCAGGGUAGUCCAAGUGCAGUGCCGUCAACGGUACAGAAAUCACCCAGGAUAACCCCUCCAGUGGCCAAGUCAGGCUCUCCCCAGGCAAAAUCACUUCAGCCUCCUGUUACAGAAAAGCAGGGACAUCAGUGGAAAGAGUCAGACCCUGUGAUGGCUGGAAUCGGGGAGGAGAUCACUCACUUUCAGAAGGAGUUGGAAGAGCUGAAAGCCCGAACCUCCAAAGCCUGUUUCCAAGUGGGCACUUCUGAGGAGAUGAGGAUGCUGCGAACAGAAUCAGAUGACCUGCACACCUUUCUUUUGGAGAUUAAAGAGACCACAGAGUCUCUUCAUGGAGAUAUAAGUACCCUGAAAACAACUUUACUUGAGGGCUUUGCUGGUGUUGAAGAAGCCAGAGAACAAAAUGAGAGAAACCGUGACUCUGGGUAUCUGCACUUGCUCUAUAAGAGGCCGCUGGACCCCAGGAGUGAGGCUCAGCUCCAGGAAAUUCGGCGCCUUCAUCAGUAUGUGAAAUUUGCUGUCCAAGAUGUGAAUGAUGUUCUAGACUUGGAGUGGGAUCGGCAUCUGGAACAAAAGAAAAAACAAAAGCGCCUGUUUGUGCCAGAGCGAGAGACGCUGUUUAACACCCUUGCCAACAACCGGGAAAUCAUCAACCAACAGAGGAAGAGGCUGAAUCACCUGGUGGAUAGUCUCCAGCAGCUCCGUCUUUAUAACCAAACCUCCCAGUGGGGCCUUCCCUUGGAUGUCCCCUCGCAGAGCAGCACUCACAGUUUUGACAGCGACCUCGAAAGCCUGCGCAAUGCUUUGUUGAAAACAACCAUAGACUUUCAGACCAAGCCCUUGCCCAAAGUCGCAGCUAAACUGUCCCCCGUGAAACAGGCACAGCUGAGAAACUUCUUGGCCAAGAGGAAGACCCCACCGGUGAGAUCUACUGCUCCAGCCAGCCUGUCUCGGUCAGCUUUCCUGUCUCAGAGGUAUUAUGAAGACUUGGAUGAAGUCAGCUCAACGUCAUCCAUUUCCCAGUCUCUGGAAGGUGAAGACACACGGGCAUCCUGUAAGGAUGACGACGCAGUGGUCCAGGUUCCCCGGCAUGCUCCCGUGGUGCGGACGCCUUCCAUCCAGCCCAGUCUUUUGCCCCAGGCGACUCCUUUUGCUAAAUCUCACCUGAUUCAUGGUUCACCAGGUGUGAUGGGAACUUCAGUGUCUGCACCUGCUAGCAAAAUUAUUCCCCAAGGGGCUGAUAGCACAAUGCUUGCAACAAAAACCGUGAAGCAUGGCGCCCCUGGCCCUUCCCACCCCAUCUCUGCUCCCCAGGCGGCCGCUGCAGCAGCCCUGAGACGGCAGAUGGCCAGUCAGUCUCCAGCUGUCAGUACUUUGACCGAAUCAACUUUGAAGAAUGUCCCUCAAGUGGUAAAUGUGCAGGAAUUGAAGAAUAAUCCUACAGCCCCCUCUGCAGCGAUGGGUUCUUCAGUGCCGUACUCUGCAGCCAAAACACCUCACCCGAUGUUGACCCCAGCGUCUGCUCACCAAGCUAAGCAGGGAUCUCUGAUAAACGCCUUAAAGCCGUCUGGGCCCACACCAGCGUCCAGUCAAUUGUCAUCUGGUGAUAAAGCUUCAGGACCAGUGGCAACCAAGAUAGAGACAGCUGUGACGUCUACCCCGUCUGUUGUUGGGCAGUUCAGCAAGUCUUUCUCAUUUUCUCCGUCAGGGACUGGCUUUAAUUUUGGGAUAGUCACACCAACACCGUCUUCUAAUUUCACGGCCACACAAGUGGCAGCACCCCCCGGCAAAGAGUCAAACCCGCUGGACACAUUCUCCUUUGGCGGGACAGGCAAACCUUUUUACGAGGCCAUUCCUGAAAGCUCCCCUCCCUCGGGAAUGACGACGUCAAGUAGCACGGGAGCUGCUGGUCCCUCUCCUGGGGAGUCUGCUCCAUCCAGCGGCAGGCCUGUGGCACCUUCUGGAAUUGCUCUUUCCACCCCCUCUGGCAAGGUGGAAGCUCCGCCGUCCAAGUUGGGAGAGCUUCUGUUUCCAAGUUCUCUGGCUGGAGAGACUCUAGGAAGUUUUUCAGGACUGCGGGUUGGCCAAGCAGAUGAUUCUACAAAGGCAGCCAGUAAGGCUUCAUCCCCAGGCGGGACUGGUGCUAGUGCACAGCCCACCAAGACUUCGGCCGUCCCCUCCGGGUUUAGUUUCACCGGCCCCGUGGUGCUGGGGAAGCCCGUGGAGCCUCCCGUGACCUCCUCUGUGGCUGCCACCACAGUGACCCUGGCGGCUGCGGCCGGCCCCAGCCCCGGCAGUUCCUCAACUGGCGUCUUUGGCAGCCUGCCGCUCACCAGUGCGGGACCCUCCAGCGUAAUCAGUUUUGCGGGGCUAUCGCUAAGCGGUAGCAAGACCAGUUUUCCGUUCGGAGGCCAGCAGACAAGUAGUACAGCGCCGUCCUCUGCCGCUGCCGCUGCCACACCCCUUCCUACAUCCCUCCCCGCCUUGUCGUUUGGCAGCCUCCUGAGUUCAGCAUCUGCUCCCACCGUGCCCACGUCCUCCGCUAAAAGCACGGAAGCAGCCACAUCAUCGGCUCUGCCUGAGAAGCCAGGUGGUAGUGAGGCCUUGGUGUCAACAGCCUCCCUCCUAGGGCAGCAGCCAUCCGCCCAGCUUCCCCAAGCUCCUUCUCAAACAUCUGACUCUGUGAAGAAGGAGCCCGCUCUCGCCCAGCCUGCGGCCAGCAGCCCUGGUACAGCGGCGCCCAGUGCCACCGUCCUAGCGCCGUCCGCGGAGGCCGCGCCGUCCGCGGAGGCCACUCCGGCAGCCACCGGGGCCCCGGACGCCAAGACCGAACCGCCGUCCCCUGCCCCCACCCCGGCAGCGCCUGGGCAGAUUGCCGUCGCAGCACCUGCCGUCCCAGGUGCCGGCCCCGUGGCCCCAGAAACAUCCAGGCCUCCCGCCACCUCCAGCGCUGUUUCCGGUGAUGCUCCAGGCCCAGCCACGGAGCCCGCAGUGUUUGGGGCGGUCACUUCGGGCUCGCCUGUCUUUACUCAGCCACCGGCCGCCAGCUCUAGCUCGGCUUUCAGCCAGCUCACCGGCCACACAGCCACCGCCCCCUCGGCGACCCCCAUGUUUGGGCAGGUGGCCGCCAGCACUGCCCCGAGCCUGUUCGGACAGCAGGCGGGCGGCAUCGCCAGCACGGCGGCUACCGCGCCGCAGGUCAGCGGCUCGGGGUUCGGCAGCCCAGCGUUUGGCACCUCCGCCCCGACGGUCUUUGGACAGACGAGCUUCGGGCAGGCCCCGGCCUUCGGGCAGCCGACCAGCAGCCCCGCGAGCGGCUUUUCCUUCAGUCAGCCCGGCUUCAGCUCCGUGCCGGCUUUUGGUCAGUCCGCGUCCCCCACCCCCGCGUCCACCAGCGGGAACGUGUUCGGUGCAUCUUCAAGCGCCAGUAGCUCCAGCUCCUUCUCAUUUGGACAGUCUUCUGCCAACACUGGAGGGGGACUCUUUGGCCAGAGCAGCCCUCCUGCUUUUGGCCAGGGCCCUGGCUUUGGGCAGGGAAGCUCUGUGUUCGGUGGCGCCUCAGCCACCACCACGACAGCGCCAUCCUCUGGGUUUAGCUUUUGUCAAGCUUCAGGUUUUGGGUCUAGUAAUACUGGUUCUUUGUUUGGUCAAGCAGCCAGUACUGGUGGAACAGUCUUUGGCCAGCAGUCGUCCUCUUCCAGCGGCAGCGUGUUUGGGUCUGGAAACACUGGAAGAGGGGGAGGUUUCUUCAGUGGCCUUGGAGGGAAACCCAGCCAAGACGCAGCCAACAAAAACCCAUUCAGCUCGGCCAGCGGGGGCUUUGGAGCUACAGCCACCCCAAAUACCUCUAACCUUUUUGGAAACAGUGGAGCCAAGACGUUUGGUGGCUUUGCCAGCUCAUCAUUUGGAGACCAGAAACCUGCUGGCACCUUUAGCUCUGGAGGAGGAAGUGUGGCCUCCCAAGGCUUUGGGUUUUCCACUCCAAGUAAAACAGGUGGCUUCGGUGCUGCUCCAGUGUUUGGCAGCCCUCCUACUUUUGGGGGAUCCCCUGGGUUUGGAGGGGUGCCAGCAUUCGGUUCAGCCCCAGCCUUUACAAGCCCUCUGGGCUCGACGGGAGGCAAAGUGUUCGGAGAGGGUACCGCGGCCGCCAGCGCGGGAGGAUUCGGGUUUGGGAGCAGCAGCAACACCACGUCCUUCGGCACCCUCGCCAGUCAGAACGCCCCGACGUUCGGAUCGCUGUCCCAACAGUCUUCUGCGUUCGGGGCCCAGAGCGCGGGAUUCUCCGCCUUCGGGUCAGGCAGCGGAGGAUUUAGCUUUGGAUCAUCUAGCUCAUGAGAGUGAGACCAAGAGAGUAAGCAGUUUGCUGAGUCCUAAGCCGGGCAGCGGUGGAGCCAGAAGGAACCGGGGCAGUGCCUGCUGCCCUGCCCCGCACCGCACCCACCUGCCCUCGGCUGGGCCCUGGCCGUCCACCGCUGGCUCUCGUGAUCGUCCUCCCCCAAGGUGGUCGUUCAUUCUAGAGGCAGUACCUACCCAGUUGUGCCAGGGACACUGCCGAGCCCCUCACAUGCCUGUUGUGUCUACCCCCACGGAAAGGAGCUGACAUUGGGUGUGGACCACGGUAAACGCGCUGCCCGUUGUGUAGUCGGUUGCCGCCGUUCUGCUGCUCCAACUUGUGUGUGAUCGUCCGACUGAACCAAAACCCCAGCGGGGCGGGACGGGGGCGGGGCUGAGUCUCUGGUGCCGGCGUUGGCGCACACCAUGUACAGAUGGGGGCUCGCGUCCGCUUCCGGAGGAGGAAGGCGAUCAGACCCCGGAUGAAGCAGCUGGCCCCACGCCCUCUGGCUGUCCAGGCCCCUCCUUCCUCCGCUGUUUCCUCCGGGCUCUGGCUUUGAGGCUUUCCAGAGUCCCACAGGCGGUCGGCCACAGACCCACCGAGGCGGCAGUUACUCCAUUGUUCCGCCCCUCUCUGCUCAUGAGUGGAGUCCCGUCCAUUCCACAGCCCUGGCCAGAGAUUCUCCACGUCGUUCGCGGCCCUAGCCCGCCAGCUGCAGAGAGUGAGUCAGUGUGGUGAUGGGGGCGCGGGGCAGGCCCGGACCGCACGUCGCGGCGAGUCCAGCUCAUCGCUCCUCCCGGCCUCCCUCCACCUCCGCUCCCGCUGGCCCAAGCGGGAAUCAAAGAAGCCGGCAUCUGGGGGCCGAAGAUGAUCCUGUUCGAUUCUAUCCUCAAUACAGAAGGGAAUUCAGACCCAAAACAGGGAAGAAAGUGACUCAAUCUAGCAAGUAGAGUUUAUUGCUUAAGGUCAUGUGUGUGUCUGGGCUCGAAUCCCAUCCUAGCUGUGUGACUUAAGGCAAGUCACUUAACCUCUCUGAGCCCCAGUUUUAUCAUCUGUAAAAAGGGGGAAUGAUAAUAUAUUUGUCUAGGUUUGUUGACGAUUAAAUGAGACAUUAUAUAUAAAGCUGGUGUUAUUAUUAUUAUCAUCAUCAUUUAUUAGAGUGAGAGCAGAAGGCUAAGUUCCCCAUUCCUGACCCACUUCUCAUUUACGGCACUCAGUAUAAUGGCAGUAAUCAAAGAGCUAAAAUGAGUCUGCUGCAAGAUCUGAGUCGCUUGCUCUCUUAGCUGUUUAUACUCCAAAACAAAUGAGCUCAACUGUCCAGAGGUAAAAUCUUGCUCAGAGCAUUACAACUUAAAGAUACACAUGAUGGCUCAGCUUGUGCAAUAGAUGUUCCCUGGAUAAGAAAAGUAUCCACAGUUAAACUCGUGGUGAACAUUUUAUUUUCAUGUUUUCAGCCAUGCAAUAAAAAUCAAUUAUUGAAAGUCACGGGAAUUCCCUGAUGGCACAGUGGUUAAGAAUCCGCCUGCCAAUGCAGGGGACAUGGGUUCGAGCCCUGGUCCGGGAAGAUCCCACAUGCUGUGGAGCAACUAAGCCCAUGUGCCACAACUACUGAGCCUGCGCUCUAAAGCCCGCAAGCCACAACUACUGAGCCCGUGUGCCACAACUACUGAAGCCCGUGUGCCUAGAGCCUGUGCUCCGCAACAAGAGAAGCCACUGCAAUGAGAAGCCCGCGUACCGCAACAAAGAGUAGCCCCCGCUCGCCGCAACUAGAGAAAGCCUGUGCGCAGCAACGAAGACCCAACACAGCCAAAAUUUAAAAAUAAAUAAAUUUAUUUUUUAAAAAAAGUCUCAUCAUGGGAAUCUAGCUAUAACGUGGGUCCCUGUGGUCUCUGAAGGACUAAGGGGUGGCAGGAACACGUGGUCCAUUUGAGACUUUGGCUUGUCCACGGGUGCCUGUCGCUCAAAGGUACAAACCAGUGGGCCCUGCCUCCUCCCACUUUUGGCAGUUCACCCAGAGCUGUCCCUCAUCGCUCUUGGGUGUCCCUAAAUGCCCUCUCUGCACAAUUUUCCCCAAUGGAAUGGCACCCAUGAAGGUGAGAUUUCACUUUCCAGUAGUCCAUGUUAAAGUGAGGUCUCUCAAAAUGCUCUGGGCCUGAAACUGGAACCUGCAAAUACACAGAAAUUAAAACCCUGCCUUUGAAGAAGCUUCUAGUCUGAUUUUUACUGUACAGAUGAGCCUUUUCAUGAUGGUGUCCAUCCACUGCCUCUUGGAUAUAAAAUCAGAAUGUACCUUGGGCUUCUCUCAAACUCAUUUUUAUUUCCAGUGGCUCAUCUUACCUAUAAAGGAGUAUUUUGUGUCACAGUGAUUGGAUUGGGGUAUCUGGAAUGAGAAGGGGCCCCAGCUCUGCUCAUCAUUUAAUGCUGAUCAGGGCAUCAGAGCAACUUGCCUGAGUAGAUAGAGUUAUUCUGUCCGAAAGUCAAUUUAAUUUCCAGUUGGAUUCUUAAUCAAAGAUGUUUAUUUUAUCUUAAAGCUAAACUUCUAUCAAGAACAAAUAGAAUAGUCAAAGUAUACUUGACUUAGCUGCCUAGUAACAGGAAACAGGACCAUGGGGACCUAUGUUAUGGUGAUCCAUUGCCAUUUGUAAGUUUAUUAAUACUAUCAAAUAGUGAGUGACUCCUGUUUAUUUCCUAGCACUAAUAUCAGAUUGGAGAGGUAAGAGAGGCCAGAGGGCUAGAGAGGAAGACAAAAUUUACACUGCUCAUCCUUAAAGUAAAGCUCCUUCAAUCUGUAUCUUGGCUACUGACACCAGAGCUAUGGACCAAGUGCCCAAACCUCUAGGCAACAUCCUUUAGAAGGGUCUAUGGAUCUAAAAUGGAAGUCUGUUCUUCAACACAGAACUCCUUAGGUUUCCUUCACAUGCAAGGAAAAUGACUUACUGAGUUAGAAAAGGUUACCCGUAUUAGGUAUUCACAGGUUGAAAGCAUGGGGAAAGCCUACAGAGAACUCUAGUUCCCUGUUGAGAUGUCUAGCUGUCGUGCAACUCUCCACUGCAUGAGCGCCUGUCAAGAGGGUGGGAAUUCUUGCAGUUUGGGGGAGGGCCAGAUGUUUUUCAGCGAGCAGCGUUGCCUUGAAUUGGUCAUGGUUUUCAGUUGCUGCUUAUGGAUGAAUUCAUAAAUUUUAGGGUUACUGUGGUUUUCCCUUUUGGUAGAUCAUUGUGUUCUUGUAAAAUUGCUGCAGUAAUAACCUUUAAAAAAAAAAAUCAGUCCCUCUAAUUCUUGGUUAUUUCAGAGUUCUUUUCCUCCAGAAAUUGUGGAAAUGCGUGACCCUGGCCUACAGAUUCUUUUAUUUCCAAGUAAGGUAACUUUGUUUCCAGCAAAAUGAGUUAGUAGGUACCAGAUUUACCUUCUUUCUGAAACAACUAAAAUACCAGUCAGUUUUCAAAACAGUUUGACAUCAAGCAGCAAACAACAAUGACCCCUGGGAUUCAAGAAACAAAUGAGGUGAGCCCUACAAUUGCCCUAGUUUCCUGCCUAGGGAACAUUUCCAGGUCACAGCAUUGGGAAGAAGCAUCCAAGUAGAGCCCAGUGGUCUUUCUGAGUUCAUACGGCAAAGUAUCAGAGAGGACAGGGCUGCACAGAGAGAGCUCUGGACUCUGCAGAGGGACUGUCUCAGGUACGAAGUACUGAUCAGCGCAUGCAUGUGAGGAAAUCCCAUGUCUGGAGAAAAAGCAACAUGAAAGGAUUAGAGGCAAAAUCCUAAGAACUUUAGGGCAUAAACUUAGGGCAUAGGAACUUUUGGUUCCUAUCAACCAAAGUGGAAAACCACAUUCACUUAGCAUUAGAUAGAGUACUCAGAAGGGUUUUACUUCAGUAGUAGGGGAAAAUCAGUCAUAACAAGAUGCCAGUCUUAUCUAACAAAGCUUAGAAGCAAAGCCCAAAUGAAUAAGAUUGUUUCCAAGUAAGAUCCCAGAACUAAGCUCAAGAAACUUACAGGAAUACAAAAGUACCCAGUACCCAACAAAAUAAACUUCAUAAUUUCCAGCAUCCAAUCAAAAAUUACCAAGUGUGCAAAAGGAGAAGUAUCUGUAAUGAGAAAAAUCAAUUGAAACUAAUCCAGAAGUGACCCAGAUGAUAAAAUUAGUGGCCGAGAAUUUUUCAAUCAUUAUUAAAACUGUAUAUGUUUAAGAAGCUAAAAAAAAAAAAAAAAAAAAAGACUGAACAUGUUAAAUAGAGGCAUGGAAGAGACCCAAAUCAAACUAGAGAUGAGAACUGUAAUGUCUGAAAUGAGAAUAUCCUGUAUGGGAUUAACACAAUAGUAUACACUUCAGAGGAAGAUUAGUGAACUUGAAGACAUAGCAAUAGGAACGACCCAAAAUGAACCACACAAAGAAGCCUGAGAAAAAAUUGGAAUAGAGCGUCAGUAAACUGAAGAACAACUUCAGGCAGCCUGAGAUGUGUGUAAUGAGAGUCCCUGAAAAGGGAGGAGAGAUGGGGGGGGAAAUACGAAAGACAUCAGAAAUGGUAACUACAUGAGUAAAUAUAAAAAUUGGGAGGGGGGGUAUUUUUCAAGUCUCUAAAAGAUAACUAUUUAAAGCGAAAAUAAUAACGUAUUAAGGGCUUUAUAACAUGUAGGAAAAAAUUUAUGACAACAAUAACAGAAAGGCUGGGAGAGAAGAAAUGAAAAUACACUGUUGUAGGGUUCAUCAACUACCCCUGAAGCACUAUGUUAGUUAAAGACAGAUUAUGGUAGGUUAAAGAUGUAUUGGUAAAUCCUAAAGCAACCACCAAAAUAGCACAACAAAGAGUUAUAGCUCAUAAACCAACAAAGGGGAUAAAAUGGAAUCAUUAAAACUAAUCCAAAAGAAGGCAAAAAAAGAAGGAAAGUAACAAAAGGAAAACGAACAACAAGAUAGUUGAUGUAAACCCAGCCAUAUCAAUAAUCACAUUCAAUGUAAAUGGUCUAAUUCCCCAAUUAAAAUCUCAAGAUUGUCAGAUUGGAUAAAAAAGCAAGAUCCAACUACUACAUGCUUGCUGCCCGUAAGAAACCAACUUUUUUUUUAACUUUUUAUUUUAUAUUGGAGUAUAGGUAAUUAACAAUGUUGUGUUUCAGGUGUACAGCAAAGUGAUUCAGUUAUACAUACACAUGUAUCUAUUCUUUUUCAAAUACUUUUCCCAUUUAGGUUGUUACAUAAUAUUGAACAGAGUUCCCUGUGCUAUACAGUAGGUGCUUGUUGGAAGAAACCAACUUUAAGUAUAAGACACAAGUAGGUUAAAAAGAAAAAAGAGGGACGAAGAUAUCAUGCCAACAUAGAUUUUUCUGAAAAGCUGGAGUAGCUGUAUUUAUAUCAGUUAAAGAAGAUUUCAGGGCAAAGAAUAUUAUCAGGGAUAAACACGGUCAUUUCAUAAUAUGUCAGUUCAUGAAGAGGACAUGAGUCCUGAAUGUUUCUGUACCUAAUAACAGCUUUAGGAUACAUAAAGCAAAACCAUUAGAACUGCAAGGAGAAAUAGAUAAAUCCACAAUUCUAGUCAACGGGUUCAACAACACUCUCAGUAAUUGAUAGAACUAAACAGAAAAUCAGUAAGUCUUCAGAAGAGUUGAACAACACUAUCAACCAACUUGGACCUAAUUGACAUUUAUAGAACACUCCACCCAACAUCAGUAGAAUAUAUGUUCUUCUCAAAUGUACCAAGAUAGACCAUAUUCCAAGUCAUAAAACAAGUCUCAGUCAAUUCAAAAGGAAUCAAAUCAUAGAAAAUAUGUUCUCUAGUGUAUGAAAUUAAAUUAGAAAUCAAUAACAGAAAGAUACCUGGAAAAUCCCUAAAUAUUUGGAAGCUAAAUAACACAUUUUAAAAUAACCCAUUAUUCAAAGAAGAAAUUUAAAAGGAAAUUAGAAAAUGUUUAUAACUGAAUGAAAAAUGAAAACACAACCAAUCACAAUUUGUGGUGCUAAGGAAGUACUUAGAGGGAAAUUUAUAAUACUAAAUGCCUAUGUUUAAAAAUGAAGAAAACUAGGAAACUAGAAAAAGAAAAGUAAAUGAGACCCAAGAUAGGCAGAAGACAGGAAAUAAGGAUCAGAGCAAAAAUGAAUAAAAUAGAAAACAAAACAGGACAAAAAGGAGAAAAAUCAAUGAAACCAAAAACUGGUUCUUUGAGAAAAAUCAAUUAAGUUGAUAAGCCUCCAGCCAGACUGAUCAAGACAAAAAUAAAUAACAAAUUACCAAUGUCAAGAAUGAGAAAGGUGACGUCACUACAGAUUCUUCAGAUAUUAAGAAGACAGGUAAUAUUACAAAUAUCCUAUGUCAAUAAAUUCAACUUAGAUGAAAUAGUCUUUGAAAAACAAAUUAUCAAAGCUCAGUCAAGAAGAAAUAGAUAAUCUGAAUAGCCUUACAGCUACUAAAGAGAUUGAAUUUAUUAUCCAGAAUUUUUCCAUAAAGAAAAUUGCAGGUCCAAAUGGCUUUCCUGGUGAGUUCCAGCAAAUACUUAAAGAAGAAAUAAUGCCAGUUAUAUACAAACUCUUCCAAAAACAUUGAAAAGAAUGGAAUGCAUCCCAAUUCGUUCUAUGAGGCUAGCAUUACUUUUAUACCAAAACCCAACAAAGAUAUAUAAUAUAAAUGAAAAUGACAAAUAUCACUCAUUUAGAUAGAUGUAAAAAUUUUUAACAAAGUUUAGGCAUCAAAUCCUAAAUAAUAUUAUAUUAAAAUAUAUAAAAUAUAUUUUAUAUAAUAUAUUUAAAAAGAUAAUGCAUAAUGACCGAGUGGGGUUUGUUCUAGCAAUUAAUGGUUAAACAUUUUAAAACCAAUCAAUACAAUUAACAGAGUCAAAAAUAAAAACCAUAUGAUCAUCUCGAUAGAUACAGAAAAAGCAUUUGAUAAAAUCCACUGUCCAUCUCUGACAAAAAUUCUCAGUGAAAUAGAAAUAAAAAGGAAUUUCCUUGACCUGAUAAAGGGCAUCUAGGAAAAACCUACUUUUAAUAUCAUGCUUAAUGGAAAGAAUGCUUUCACAUCAGAUUUGGGACAAGGCAAGAAUAUUCAUUACCUCUUCUGUCCUACAUUGUACAGGAAGUUCUAGCCAAUGCACUAAGGCAAGAAAAAGAAAUAUAGGGAUCCAGAUUAGAAAGGAAGAAGUUAAGCUUUGUUUGCAAAUAACAUGAUCAUCUAUAUAGAAAAUUCUAUAAAAUCUAUAAAACUACUAAAACCAGUAAGUGAUUUUAGCAAGGUUGCAGGAUAUAAGGUCAAUAUAAAAAAAACCAAUUGUAUUUCCACAUACUAGCAAUGAAUAAUCAAAAAUUGAAAUUUAAAAAGCAAAUACCAUUUACAGUAACAUCAAAUACCUAUUACUUAAGUAUAAAUCUGACAAGAUGUACAAGACCUGUACACUGAAAACUAUAAAAUAAUGCUGACUGAAUUUAAAGAACACCCAAAUAAAAGGAGAAAUAUAUACUUAUGAAUAAGAAGACUCGAUAUUGUUAAGAUGUCAGUUCUCUCCAAACUGAUCUAUAGAUUCAGUGCAAUCCCAUGAAAAUUCCAAUAGGCUUUUGUGUGUGUGUGUGUAGCUGAUUCUAAAAUUCUUAUGGAAAUGAAAAGAACCUAUAAUAGCCAAAACAACAUUAAAAAAGAAAAAGAGAACUUAAGCUAUUUGACUUCUAAACUUACAAAGUUAUGAUAUUUAAAACCAUGCAAUACUGGUGUCAAGAUAAGCAAAUAGAUAAAUUAUACAGAAUAGAAGAUUCAGAAAUAGAUGCACACAUAUGAUCAAUUGAUUUUUGACAAAGGUGAAAAGGCAAUUCAGUGGAGGAAGGGUAGUCUUCAGCAAAUGGUGCUGAACAAUUGAGGGUAUAUAGAAAUAUAAUUGAUUUAUAUUAAUUGACUGUGUGCUCUGUAACUGUGAUAAAUUUGCUUAUUAAUGUGUGUGUGUAUGUGUAGAUUUCUUUGGAUUAUCUGCACACAGAGACAUUUCGUUUCACUGCGAAUAGUUUUCUUUUUCCUUAACCAUUCUUUACGCAUUUUAUUUUUCUUUCUAUCUUGCUCUGUGCACAAGGUAGAACAGAAGUGGUAAGAGUGGCCAUCCUUAUCUUGUUUCUCCUACCUGCCCUCCAGGCAGCCACCGUGGUGUGCCAUAUUGCUGAGCCUUGGCGAUGGAGAGUGUGGGGUGGGAUGAAACUAGUACCCAAAGGGGUUUUCUGUAACACCCAGCUUUCUGGAUUCUCAGGCUGGAUUUUCAGGACCCCUGUCCAGCUAACAAAGAAGAGGUGCUUCUUCCUAGGGUGUCCAUCUCCCUCAGACCCCCCAGGGAAGGAAGAUGGAUUGUGGGCAGGAUUCAGGCCUUUCUGGGUUCCCCGACCAUCAAACCCAUCAAUUCUGCCAACCCUACCACCAUUUCCCACAUCUGUAGUUCCUAUAGGAGCAUCAGCUUCUAUAGGAGGAGUUGGAUUCUACUCCUCCGUCACCAUCAGAGGGUGAAGGAAUGUGUCCACAUGGCAGAAUUACUGUGCCACACAGUGUGGAGCCAUGUUUUAGGAGGACAGCUGAAGAAGCCUAGUCAGCCGCCCCUCAUUUACCUUUACAGGAAUUGUCAGGCUGUUUACAGGGCAAUCCCUUCACCUCGCAGGUAACAACAUCCUAAGUGCUGCGUUAAUCACUCAGUCCACCUUGCCAGCUGCCAUACUUAUUCUCUGAGACCCCGCCGUGCAGAGCUCCUAACUGAUCAGAGGCACCAGAAGAAGUCCCAAAGGGAGCUCGUUUUCCAUUGCUGACAGCCAGAUCUGCAGGCAAAACCAAGUGAUUGCUGAAAAUCCGGGCAGAUGCCCCUGCCCCUAACCACAGCCUCUGGGUCCCCCUCCUGUCUCCACCACAUCUUGUGAUGGGCUUUAUCCAGAUUAAAAGAAUCAGGGAAGCCCAAGGUUAUACCUGUAAACACCUGCCCCUGAGGAUAUAAGAAAGGACCUUAUCAAAGGUCACCCUGAAGUCCAGAUUCACUAUGGCAUUUCGGAAAAUGCUUCCUCAUACUCUUACCUUCUUCAUGCGUAGAGCUAAUAAUUUCAUUUCAUGGUGAAUAGCCUUUUAUAAAUGAGUUUUCUAGAUGAGAAAAAUUUCUCUCUUUAAGCACUUUGUAUCUUAUUAUUUUAACCAGUUGGAGGGAAAUCUUCCAAAGUGGACCACACACGGACGUCCUCGCACAGCUCUAGAAUUUACCCAUGUGUUGAUGACUCGCCGUGAGCAGCAGGGACGGGGCUGUAAUUCUGGGAAACCUCUGGGUAGUCAGGACCCAUGGAAGCAUGGGUCAGAGAGAAAUGCCUUAAAAAGGAAAGAAAUGCUGACACCUGCUACAAUAUGAAUGAGCCUUGAGGACAGGAUGCUAAGUGUAAUAAAGCAGACACAAAAAGAAAAAAGUGUAUGAUUCCACGCAUAUGGGGUCCCUAGACUAGUCAGAUUCAUAGAGGCAGAAAGUACAGUGGUGGUUGCGAGUGGGACUGGGGAGAGGGGGAUGGGAAGUUAUGGUUUUUUUUGUUUUUUUAAUUUAUUUUAUUUAUUUUGGCUGCGUUGGGUCUUCGUUGCUGCGCACAGCCUUUCUUUAGUUGCAGCGAGCAGGGGCUACUCUUCAUCGCAGUGUACAAGCUUCUUGUUGCGGAGCACGGGCUCUAAGCACGUGGGCUCAGUACUUGUGGCUUGCGGGCUCUAGAGCACAGGCUCAGUAGUUGUGGCACAUGGGCUUAGUUGCUCCGCAGCAUGUGGGAUCUUCCCGGACCAGGGCUUGAACCCGUGUCCCUUGCAUUGGCAGGCAGAUUCUUAACCACUGCACCACCAGGGAAGCCCCGGGAGUUGUUGAAUGAGUAUAGAGUUUCUGUUGCGCAAGAUGAAAAAGUUCUGGAGAUAGAUGGCAAUGAUGGUUGCACAGCAAUGUGGGUGUUGUGCAGUGUUAAUGGCACAGAACUGUACGCCUAAAAAGUGGUUAAGGUGGUAAAUUGUAUGUUACCACAAUAACAAUAAUAAACAAUAUACCAUCCACAUUCUCAGCUAAGGAUGCCAACGAUGUUCAGGGAGGGUAACCCACAAGCCAAGAUGGCAGACGGUGGAGCCAGCAGUCUGACUCCACGGCCACACGCAUCUGAGCUCAGGACAGUGGUAAACAUUAACUGAGCCUUAAGCACCUGGUGGGCACAGGGCAAAGCCCAAAGACACAGGCUGGCAUGGCUGCAGGGAGGCCUGGCUGCCCAUCUCGGGGAGGCUGCCACGAGGAGGGGUGCUGGAGUGAAGUAAACACGCUGCAUCCCAAAGGACACACGGUUCACCACUGGCUCUCUCCAGGACAGCCUUUAUUCUGCCUCAUGUACGCCCCUGAGCGUGACUGGACAAAUACUGGCCAAAGUGAUCCUUGGUCCCUCAGCACAUCCAGCACAGAGGAGCAGUACUGCUUGUAUUGUAUUUUACCUUCCAUGUCUCAGCUGAAAUUGGGGCAGAAAAGAAAACCAUUUUAACAUCCGGGUUACAAGGUCAGUAUCAGCUAAUGCCAGUUGGGCACCUGGCUACAUGUGAGCACAGUAAGGCUGUGCUUACUGAUCCCACUGAGUCCUUCCCCAUGAAGAGAGCCCCUUAGCCCCAUCUUGCAGAUGAGGAAACUGAGGCUCGGGGGCUUACCCAUAUUAAUAGCUCAAAUGCCCUGAGCACUUACUAUGUGUCAGGUACUGUUUCACAUGCCUUGUAUCCAUUGACCUUUGAACACCCACCACAAUCCUGGGGUAAGCUACCUUUUGCUUUUCCUUCAUGCAAUUUUAAAGUUUAAUAAUUUCAGAACCAUAAAUUCUACAAGCUUAAUAAAAAUUUGACUGUUUAAGUAUUUACAGUUCUUCUACACUUACUUAGGUUUGUGUAUUUUGAAUGAUAGAUUUUUUUAUUGAGGUAUAGUUGAUUUACAGUAUUAUAUUGGUUUCAGAUAUACAACAUAGUGAUUCAAAAUGUUUAUAGAUUUUACUCCAUUUAAAGUUACUAUGAAAUUUUGGCUAUAUUCCCUGUGCUGUACAAUAUAUCCUUGUAACUUAUUUAUUUUAUACAUAGUAGCCUGUACCUCUUAAUCCCCUACCCCUGACCUGCCCCUUCCCUCUUCCCUCUCCCCACUGGUAACCACUAGUUUGUUCUCUAUAUCUCUCAAUCUGUUUCUGUUUUGUUAUAUUCACUCAUUUGUUUUAUUUUUUAGAUUCCGUAUAUAAGUGUUAACAUAUGGUAUUUGUCUUUCUCUGACUUAUUUCAGUAAGAAUAAACAUUUCAGAUCCAUCCA